CUACAUCUGAUGUCAAUUGUUUGCUCCGCGUCUGAUCAAAACGAGACUGAAAUCGUUCGAAAGCUGACAGAAUUUGCUGAUUAUUACUGCCCGCUACUUUCGAAACGGUUAAUCUGCGCUCGAAAUCAGGUUGAAAUUGAGUACCGCGUUUCAAUUGAACGUGACUGUAUAUCUGAAACCGUAUCACCGGAUCACUCCAUCAUACAGAGUGUUGGCUCUGUCAGUGUCACGUGCACCGUACGACUAACCAGAAGGCCUCGCAUCAACUGGCUCGCUACAAUGAAAAUCGCGCCGAUCAUAUUUCUCGGACUCGUCGGACUGACCAGUUGUUACGCAAGAACGGUCGAGAGUGUCUGCAGUCGAGGUCCGGAGGUUUUUUGCGCUACAGAGGAAAAUGCUGCGCUUUGCAACCAAUUAGAAUUUUGUUCCCAUUACAAUGCGGAGGAGGUGCGUAUCGAGAAACAUCGAGAACCCACUCCUGGAUCUCAGGUCGGACAAUGGUACUGGUGGGGUUGAAAAAUUCGAUGAAAAGUAUCACCCGACAUGUUAGAAUUUAAAAAUUCGUAAUAUGUUCGCUCCCCAGAAUUGAAGAUUUAUUCCACUCAGAUACUCUUUGUUAUACCAGAUUCAAUAUUAAAUUAACGAGCAUCCACGAA